AUGGAGAGGGCCAGCAACAUUCACACCUACAUCAAGCAAACAAAAUCUGAAGCUCUGACGGUCGUUGCUCUAUCCUGUGAUGCAAAGACUCUUGAUGAAGCUGAAAGAGCCAUUGAGAUUGAUCACAGCUGUGUCAUGACACCAGGGGGACCUGGGAUGAUCAUCUUUACGUCAGGAACCACAGGGCGUCCUAAAGGAGCUUUGCUACCACGAUGUGCUCUCCUCAGAACAGGCAUCAGAGAGCCCGGCUCGACAGCCCUCGUUUAUCGCCCAAACCAUUGGAUUGGCGGUGCCAGGGAUAUAAUCCAGUCACUCCUCUCGGGGAUGAAAAUUCAUAGUCUGAAAACAAAAGUCCAGGACGCUCGUGCUGAAGACGUUCUGCGGGCUUUCAGAACCACGUUGAUCACACAUGUCGUGUUUAUGCCAGAUGUAUUGCGGCGGAUGAUGUUCUUACUUACCGGCGACAGAGAUCUAUCCACCAUCCCACAGGAGGAGAAAGACUUAUGGCAAAGUUAUUUCAGGGGGUUAUCAAUGAUCAGAUGUUCUGGGGGAUCCCUUGAACGUUCGGUUAGGGACUUUUGGAUGAAUUUAACGGGGUUACCAUUUGACAACUUCUAUUCUUCUACCGAACUUGGAGGACUUGCAAUUGGUGGGCCUUCUCAAAUAUAUGUAAGCCCUACAUUCGAAAACUCGAGUUAUAUCGGUGACAAUCAUACGGUUGAGAGUAUCUUUGACAAAGAAGGGUACUAUAAAACCGGGGAUCUAGCUAACUACAUCAAUGGAGAAUAUAUAUUCGCCGGACGUGUAGCUACUGACUGCGUCCAAUAUGCAGCAUUUCGGUUUUCUACUCUUGCAGUCGAGGACGGUUUAACCAAACUACCAUAUAUCUCAGAAGCCUGUGUUGUGGCCGUCCCGCACAAGAAACUCAGGCAGCUUUGCGCAGCUGUUGUGAGGCUCAGGCCGGAUACCCAAAUAACUAGUAAUAUGACAACACUAGGAUUGAUCAGAUCUGACCUAGAGGGAACGCUACCAACGUAUAUGAUGCCAACCCUGCUCAAGUUGCUAAAAGAUGAGGAGGAAUUGCCGAGUACAGUUAUUGGGAAGCCUGCGAAAAAAGAGAUCCUUAGGAUAUACUUUGGCAGUGUAAAUGGCGCUCUGGUUGAAAAUUACCCUCCAGAAGUAGAGAGUUGUCCUGUUCCUAAACCAGGUGAAGCUACCAAGCCAUGGGAUUGGGAUGGACGGCAAUUCGAGCAUUAA